AUGCGCCACUUCGACGCCUGGGUCAUCCGCGACCCCUACUCCAUCUGGCACUACUACACCACCGGCCGCCGGUGGCAGGACACCGUCCGCGAGCUCAUCCAUGACCGCAAGAUCUGCUCCCCGUCAUCGCCCUCCUCGUCGAGCUCGCCUUCCCCGCAGCCCCCACUCAAUGCCCCGGACUCCCCGGCUGCCCCCGAGAUCCGCCACAUGAUCUGGGAAUACGUCUUCGGCGCCGACACCCUGCACCUCGUGCAGAUCAAAGACAAAGUGCGCCACGUCCGCUGCACAUCCGCAACCUCCUCUCUCACCCACCACCGCCACUGCUGCCCGCUCACCCCAGCCCGCUGGCGCGUUUAUGACGGCCGCGUCCCCGGCCACUCCGAUCGCUUGCUAUACCCGCACACGCACGCCGAGCUUCCCCGCAACCUGAGCAAUAGCCACACGGCGCUCCUGCGCACCAGCCGGCUGAUUCAUGCCGAAGCGGCGCACCUGCUGUACGCGAACUCGACCUUCGAUGUCGACGACUUGUACACCUUCAUUGCGUUUGCGGGUCAGCUGCCGCCUGCCGCGCUCGCCGCGAUCCGCGCUGUCACGGUGCAGUGGAUGCCAGUGUGGGCGCCGCUGGCGGGGCAGGCGCACGCGGGCUCGAUCUACGGGCACACACACAGCGACGCGCUGUGGACCCAGUUCUGGGGCGUACUAGCCGCGUUGCCGGGGCUGGAGACGCUGGCACUGAGCAUUGACUUGGGCCGGUUUACGGGGACGGUGAGCGGGGGCGGGGCGAUCGUCGUCAGCGGGCAGCGCGUGCCGCUGGUCCUGACGGAGCCGUGGCUGCUGCCGCUGCUGAACGUGCGCGGGUUGAAGGGGUUCGAGCUGGCGGUGACGGCGCGGUGCGAUGCCGCGGCCAAGGGGGUGAUCGAGGGGGGAUUGUGUCGGGAUGCGGUGGUGUUAAGGGAUCAGUUGAGGGCGGUGAUGUGUGCGCCGAAGGGGACGCCCUUGGCGGAAAUCAAGGAGUUGGGGCUGGACCAGGUGGUCUUGGCGGUCUUGGAGGAAUGGAGGGAGGAGGAGGAGAAGGAAUUGGCCAGGAGGAGUGGGCCACGGUUGAUGAUUACGGCGGCGUGA